UCAGCACUGUAUCUCAGCUACCACUUCGGAUUCACAGGCGUGUACACAGACUGGCAACCGGACAAAAUGAUCCUCCUGCUACUGGCAUGGACACUGUUGACAGCAUCGCUGUGGACAUCAGGUUCAGGCCAGGUUCUGCAACAAGAACCCGUCAAGGUUCUUUAUCCUCAGAUCCUCGGUACAGAGAUUAUGGAGUGUGACUGCACUAACAUCACCUGUGACUACGUCUACUGGUUCCGCACUAUGUCCAACCAUCUCCAAGUACAGUACAUAGGCAAAUGCAACAACGCUGACCGUGAUACCUACGGGGAUGGUGUGGACGUGGCUCGGUUCAAAAUAAGCAGGAGGAGCGGUGUGUCCUUUACGCUACGAAUCACCAAUGUGACAGAGAAGGACGCGGGGAUUUAUUCUUGUGUUCUCAAGGGCAGGAAAAACAUGGAAAUGUGGAAGUCAGGGAUUCUUCUUCGGCCAGGAGUGAUCCCUCCAACAUUACCGCCAAAGCCAAAAAACAAACCCAAACCACCAGUAAAACCAGUUUGUCGCUGUCCUAAGAAGAAUUCUCCACAGGAUGGCUGUGGCUCCCUGGUUCUGUGGCCGUUGGUUGGACUUCUGGCGGGCCUGGCUUUAGCUCUUAUCUGCACACUGUACUACUUCAGCCGGCUACCCAAAAAGUGUCGACACCACUUUGCGAAGAGGAGGUAGACGACCCGAGGCACUGGAUCUACAGCUUAUAUCUGACUCAAAGGGCUGAAGUGCUUCACUUGAGCCAGUGGCAAAUGAAGGACAUGAAGACCCCUGAAGAUAAACUCUGCUAACUGCCAGCGCUUCAACAGCAAAAUGUGCGAGAGUUUUGUUCUCAAGAGCAGUAGCCGUGUAACAUAUUGUAAUAUACUGACUGUGUUUUUUUGUGACAUAUAUUAAAAGAUAGCUCCUGUGCCAUCAGUUCGGAGCUCUGUGCGGUAACUUUUCACCUAAAAUACUUUUUGACAUGUCAAUAUGCAGAUGACAUCAUCAUUUAUCGAGAUGAUUUUUCAUUGCAGCAGGUUUGUGAUCUGUAGCUUCGGUUUUUAGAUAACUUUUAAAUCAGAACAAGAGGGGGCAGGGCAGUUGUUGUUGUUUUUUUAAUUGAAGCCCAAACCUCAUGUUUUUAUUUACUUACAAAAUGCACAUGAAACAAUAAACAGAUAAACUAAAAUACAGUGUUUGCUGAUUUGCUUUUUUUCUCUUCCGUAUUUAUUUGUCUUUUCUCUUUCAUAGUAUUAUCAAAUGUUUUGUUUAAAACAGCACUG